AUGGCGAUGGCCAGCACAGAAUCCGCUUCCAACGUGAAGGCGGGCGCGAUCGACCACGUCGUUCAGCCCGUCGUGCUAAAGGAGAACUUGAACGUGCUGUCGUUCCAGGACGCCGUGCUGGCGCAGGCGGCCAAGCAAGGGCUCACUCGAGCUCAAGGGUUCCACGAACUCCGAAAAAUGGCCAUCAUGCUGCAGCAAAACUGCCUCCCUGGGGACGUCACCGACUUCACGGACGACCAAAAGAAGAUGUUUCGAGGCAAGGGGUCGGCAUCGUUUGCGAUUCUGUCCAAGAUUCAGUCGGGAGAAGACCCGAUUCGAAUCGACGGGUGGCCAGAGCUCCUCUUCAAGUACUUUGGGUGCCAUGGCAACGUGAAGGAGCACUGAUCGCGCUCAAGGCACUGCGGCGCUGCGUGUGUAUGGACCACGAACCUUGUAUAUACCCCAUCCUUUCAUCUAAGGCGAGUCGCAUCGAUUCCCAGUAGUACCACGUGAAAACACGGCAGCGAAAGGAUGCGCGUGCUUUACCCA